AUGUACAUCAUUACUACAGUCCUGGCCUCCGCCGCCCUGGCCCCGCUGGCCCUUGCCGGCAACGCCGUCGUCGAAAAUGCCUGCGCUGACCCGGUCUACCUGUGGUCCGUCGGUGGCUCGGUCGGCGAGCGCCAGACCGUUGACCCGGGCACCAACUACACGGAGGCGCUGCACUAUGACGAUAUCUCAGGCGGUAUCGCCAUCAAGAUCACUCGGAGCGAGGACGGCCUCUAUGACGGCAGCCCGCAGACCAACUUUCAGUACUCGCUGACCGACUUUCUCUACUACGACCUGUUUGAUGUCUACGGCGACCCCUUUUCCGGCCAUACCCUGGUCGUCAACCCGUCUAUUGAUACUUGCAACAAGAUCUGCUGGGGCGAGGGCAUUCGUGCGACUGCUACUAGCCAGACGGAAUCGUGCAGCACGGACGCCAAUAUUACCCUGACUCUGUGCGCCGACUCAUGCUAG